CACGGAUUUGCCUACGUCCAUUCAUGAGUGGAAGAGCAAGUUCGUGUUUGUGUCCAUUGGUGAGAGUGGCACUGAGUUUCCCUCCCUCGGCCACACCGGGAGGUUUAACCUGCAUGACCCGCCGAAGAGCUCUAUUUUGGACGCUCAGGUGGAGGCUUUCUUGGAAGGGGGGCUGAGGAGCGUGAAGGAUUACAUUACUGAAUACAAGAUGGCCGCCCUCGGCUUUGUGAGGUACUAUGUCUAUGGUGACAAGGAGGAUGACCUCCAACUCUGGCCGAGGAUGACCACCACCUUUGAGGAGGCCGACGGCCCGGACUUGGGCAUUCCUGCUGAGGCCGAUGGUAAUUCUUUCUUCGGCUUUCUGUCUUUAUGUUUUGUCCUUUGCCUUACUAAUCUGUUUGUGUUUUUCCUUUGUAGAUUUUGUCAUGGACCGUCGUUCCAUGAUGGCUAUUGCCAAGGCCAAAGCGGCCGAGGAGAUUGCUGCUAAGGCGGCCGAGGCGGCCAGACGUGCCGCGGCCGGUGGGAGCGGGGCUACUGCUGAUGCGGCCCCAAAGCCUGCUCCAUCGAAGAAGAAAAGGCCGGCCACUGACGGCCAAAAAAAGUUAACUGAGGCCGGCGUGAGCGUCUCGAAGAAGACGAAGAGGGCUCCUUCCCCUUCUCCGGCUACUGAGGCCGGUACUCUGGCUGUCCCCAUCGUGGACGAUGGUGGUCCCGUCGUGGACCUUACUGUUGCUGACGAUGCUGCCCCAGCGCUUCCUCUCGUCCAGGAACCACGGACGAAGAGGGCCGGCAAGGAGAUUGCCGGUGCCACGUACCAGAAGGUGGUAGAAUACCCCGUCGGCGGGGGCGUGUUUAAUGAUCUCGUCCCUGGCCACGUCGUCCUGGCCCAGGCCAUGCCGGCCAAAGAUCGGGCUUACUUGAAGAAGCUCGGGGAAGAGAAGAUUUACGAGGGCGGCAUGGACCUCUUCGUCCAAAGUGCCUUUAUGCUUAUGGAAAGCCAUAAGAGGCAGUAUUGGGAGAUAGCUCGCUUGAAAGGGCUGGAGCAGAAGGCUGCCUCGGCCGACGAGGCGGUAGCUUGCCUUGAUCGGCUCCGGGAGGAUGCCAAGGCGUUGUAGGCAAAGGCUGAUGAAGCCGCCGCGGCCAGGGACGAUGCCCUGGCCAAGCUCGAGGAGAGCAAAAGGGAGCUUGAGGAGUCCCAAAGGGCGCUGGAGGCCGAGAGGCGCAAGAGCGAGGAGGCCGUCAAGGCGAAAGCUGAGGCCGAGGCCGCCGUCGUGAGGGCUGCUGAUGAGGCCGUUGAGAAGUUCCUGGCCGAGGGGUGGAAGGCCGAUGAGAGGCUUCCCUGGUGCUACGAAGUGGUGGCCGCCAGGCUUGAGAGUUGGGGGAUGAGCUCCCCCGCCGGCCGGGAGUAUUUCAGCCGGGAGAUGUCCGUUUAUUACAACCUGGGCCAGGAGCGGAUGCAAAGGCUCCUGUGUCGGCGGCUAUCCCGGGCGUUGAAGGCCAUGAAUUACACGUCUGGGUGGGCUAGACGGAACCUGAAGCUGCCAAAGCUGAUGAAGGAUCCAGAAGAGCAGGCCAAGCUUCCGCUGUCGGAGCGAGAGUCCCCCAUAGAAAGCUCCGGCCUCGGCGAGCCGGACUACACUGAAUUCGACUUCCUGGACGAUGCCACUAGCUCUGCGGCCGCCGCCGAGGAGGGAAUUGACGAGGCCGAAGAGGCCGCCGAGGAGGGAGCCGACGAGGUUGAAGAGCCAGCCGCGGAUGAAGGUGCCCCGGAGGCUUGAUCGGCUAUUCCCUGUUGUAAUUAGCUUUUCAUUUUUAGCCAAAUGAUGUAACGGCCGAAGUGCC